AUGGCAAGUCCCCUAUAUCAAGCUUCAAGCUCCUCUGCUCUUCCCGAAUCAGCAUCGCCUUCCGUCGCGCCUUCACCGUCCGCUCGCAACGCCCGCUUCUCUCCUCAGAACAACCCGUCCAUCGCAAAUAUCACCAACUUUUAUACCCAUCCCGCUCGUACCUCGAUAUUCAACGCAUCCGGCGAACUUAACAUCCCCGGCUCUGAACCGGCCAACACUGUCGAUAUGGAAGUUUUCGGGGCCGAGACUGGUGUAAGCACCAGAAGGACUGGUGUCCCAUCUUUCUCGCGGGCUUUCAGUAUGCUCGUGGCCUCGGAGGCGGCGGCUACUGUCGACAGUAGCUCCAGUAACGACGAAGACAACUUCUUUAUCCCAUCAUACCUCGAGAACUCAACAUAUGUUCAGAAGCUCCAAGAAGCUCACAAGGCCAAGAUUCAGACUCGCGAAACAACACGUGCUUCUGCCAAUGGUGUUUCGCAUAGUUCGGCUGCAUCAUACAAUCAGCAUCCUUUGCCUCCUGGUUCACACCGAGGCAUGUCGCAUACUGUGAUAGAGCGCCCCCCAGUUGUGGAAGAGAAUGACGAUCUCGCACCUCUACCAACGAGAUGGAAUAAGGAUGAUCAAAUGACAGGCAUCGAGGUCCAACAGGACGGGCUCAGCGUUAAACAUGUCGGACCUAAGAACCAGCACGACAGAGACCAUGAGGCUUCUGCAAUCCGUGCUGAUCAUUACAUGCCUCCUCAAUGCGGAAUCUACUAUUUCGAGGUGCAAAUUCUAGCAGUCAAACGAGACGACGCCACUGUCAGUAUUGGGUUUAGCACCAAGGCGGCUGCAUUAUCACGGCCAGUUGGCUGGGAACCCGAGUCUUGGGGCUAUCAUGGCGAUGAUGGCCGGUGUUUCACUGGACAGAACAUUGGCAAGCACUUUGGCCCUGUUUACAACGUUAACGACGUAAUUGGUUGCGGUGUGAACUUCAAAGAAAACUCCGCAUUCUUUACCAAGAACGGCGUAAAAAUAGGAACGGCUUUCCACGACGUUGGCAGGGGCAAGCUAUACCCAACGAUUGGCCUCAAGAAGCCUGGCGAAUUCGUCCGGGUCAACUUUGGACAGACUCCUUUUGUAUAUAAUAUCGACGACAUGAUGCGGGAAGAGCGCGAGAAAGUGCGCAAAGCCAUCCAAGCUACUGACGGAUCAGCGAUUCAACCGGACUGGUCCGAAACCGACCUCAUCCAGCACUUGGUUCUUCAAUUCCUCCAGCAUGAUGGUUACGUGGAGACGGCUCGAGCUUUUGCAGAAGAUAUGGCUAUUCAAAAAGAAGCUUUGAAUCUUGAUGCAAACAGUGUGAUUGAAUAUCAGAGCGAUAGGGACGACGAAGAUGCAAACAACCGCCAACGGAUAAGGAGAGCAAUACUUGGGGGGGAUAUCGACAGGGCGCUUAAAUACACCAAUGCGUACUACCCUCACGUGCUAGAAGACAACGAUCAUGUCUACUUCAAGUUGCGUUGCCGCAAAUUCAUCGAGCUGGUGCGCAAAGCAGCGCAGCUUAGUAUGCUAAAUGAGGCAAAGGGAAAUAAGCACGCCAACAACCAGACAAUGGAUAUCGACCUUAACGGAAGCGAGAAUUCUUCAUGGGAAACUGAUGGAGGCGAAAACGCGACCGAGCUUGCUGAGCUUGAACGCAGCAUGUUGGAAUAUGGCCAAAAGCUGCAGGAGGAAUAUGCCAACGACCCACGGGUAGAAGUGAGCAAAGCUCUAGAGGAGAUUUGGGCCUUGGUGGCAUAUCAGAAUCCGCUUAAAGAGCCCCAAGUGAGCCAUCUCUUGGAUAGGAAUGGACGAGUCACAGUAGCAGAAGAACUCAACUCUGCCAUUUUGCUUUCUCUUGGGAAGUCGUCCCGGGCAGCUUUAGAGUUGAUUUAUGCCCAAAACACUGUGCUUCUUGAGGAACUUCGUCAAGACGGUGGUGAAGGAGCCUUUGCUUCGGUCAGCGAUGUUUUGGAGGGGAUCCCUCAGCCAUACCAGAACUAG